AACCACGGUGACCCAUUUUCAACAUAGAAAAAUAGCAAAAUAAUAUUCUUUUUUAAUUAUUUUCCACAUAUUGGACGAGAAUACGGAGAAAUGAAGCUGAAUCAUAGACCAGGAGACCGGAUCGUACCGGCCGGUUCAACCGGUCAAACCGAAAAAACCGGCCGGCACAGUAAAAUCAGCACAUCGUACCGCUUUUGGUCCAAUUUCCGGUUGAACCGGCCGGUACGAUCCGGUUUCCUGGUCUAUGCUUUUUUCCCCCUUUUCUUUGGGCCGAUAGUGAUUUGGGCCGAUAAUGGGCCGAUUGCAUCUUGGACUUCGGGCGGUAUGUUUGGAUCUAAUGACAAAAAAAAAAGCCCAUUCCUAGCUGAAAUAAAGAAAAACAGCACAUUCAUGACGCCGUCUCCGUCCGUCUCUUCUCCCCCGCAUCUUCCUCAGCCAUUGUCCACUCUGUGUCUGUGGCGUCUCGACUCCGUCCCGCCCGUUUCCUUGGCAUCUCCUGAGUCUCCAGCCCCAAUCAAUUCAUUCUUUCUCACCUUAUUUUAUUUUCCCCAAUAUUCCCCAUUGAAGUGUUAAAUCAAAUAGUUUAUUACACAACUCCAGUCACUUUCCUCUCUCGCUGAAUCAUGACUGUCGAUGUCCCCGCGGUGAUUUCAUUCAUUCAUGGUCAAAAAGUAAAAAAAAAAAGAAAAAGAAAUGAAAGGAUCGCAGAGAAGACGAUGAAGAGAGGAGAAAGAUGUCACUUUCCAAUUUCCCACCUUUUACCAGUGAGUCACUGAGUAACUGAGUGAGUGAGCGAAGAGCCGAAAGUGUGUGCGAGGGAGAGAGAGAGAGAGAGAGAACGAGGAGAGAUUCCUUUUCGCCGUGCUGCUGCUCCCUGCUGCGAGUGCCACCACCCUCUUUUCAGCCUUUUCCUUUGUCCUUUCUUUCAUUUUCUUUAAUGGCGUGAUUGCUCGCGGAGUUAUUUCCCCCAAUUGUACGGCCGGCUGGUCGCUGGAGAAGAAAGAAAAUGCCGGAGGAGGGGCCGACGAAGCUAAGAUUAAGAUUUCACAGCAGCAAAGUGUAAUUGGCGUUUGCAUGCUUCGGUUACCCUUCUUUAUUGGGUAUGCUUUCUUUUUUUCCCCCCCUUCUUUUCCGCUGCUAGAUUCCUUUUUUUAUUGAGGGAAAGAUGGGGAAAAGCCGCCCUUGAUUGGCUGUAACUGCUUGAUUGAGCGACUGAUGGGAGAAUGGUGACAAUGUGUAGCUUGUACAAUGGCUAGAUCUGUGCUCUCUGCCUUUCUAUAUCUAGAUACCACGCUUUCAAUGCCAUCCCUUUUCUUCUUUGAUUUGCAGCAACUGAAAGUUUGUUCCUUUUUUUCUCUUUUCUUUGCCCAGGAAGAAGCUGUCUCGGUUAGCAUCCAGAUGAGACAGGAACUGGGUUGCAUCUGUUGAUUCCGUUGUAUAUUGGGUUUUUGGUUGUGGAGGGGAUUGGAGUUUGUUCUAUUGUAGAGCGGGGAUGAUUACAUACGAGGAGGAUGAUGUUGUACGGUGGGGUUUGCAGCUGUUUGAGAGCGAUCCAUACUCUAAUUAUGGGUACUGCCAAACCCCAUUGCAGAGAGAUUUGGAUUACUACGACGGGAGGUAUUUCAAGGGAGGGUAUUAUGAUGCUGACCGUUGCAAUGAGGAGAGGGAUGAGCUUAUUGCUCAUUCUCUUCAGGAAGAGUUAUCUCAACUUUCGGUUGCUGAACCACCUGCUGAGUCCCCAAACGAAGAGGAAGAGGACGGAGGAGAUUCACAAGUCCCUGAUCUACCACCUAAUUGGUUUGCUCAACCCUUGGUUGAAUAUACCGGCCAGGAGGGUGGUCAAGAAGAGGCAGAGAGUAUGGAACCUUCUAGUUCGUGCUCUAGCCCUCAGGAGAACAUUUACUCUGUGGAGGAUUGGUCUUACUCAGGGGACAUGACGGAUGUGUAUGCUUUUGAUGGUGAAGUGGGGAAAUGGUUGAACGAAAUGGUCCCAAUUCCUCAUGUUCCUAGAAUCAACGGAGAAAUACCAUCAGUUGAUGAGGCAACAUUAGAUCACCAAAGGCUAUUAGACAGGUUGCAGGUGUAUGAUUUAGUUGAGCGUAAAGUGCAAGGAGAUGGAAAUUGUCAGUUUCGGGCUCUGUCAGAUCAGUUUUAUAGGACUACUGAGCACCAUGAAUUCGUGAGACAACAAGUUGUAAAGCAGCUGAAGUCUUCUCCGGAGAGCUACGAGGGAUAUGUUCCUAUGGCUUACGAUGACUAUUUGGAGAAGAUGUCCAAGAGUGGUGAAUGGGGCGAUCAUGUCACUUUACAAGCUGCUGCAGACUCGUACGGUGUUAAGAUAGUUGUCAUUACAUCCUUCAAGGACACCUGCUACAUUGAGAUUCUUCCGAAUUUUCAAAGAUCAGAACGAGUGAUUCUACUGAGCUUCUGGGCGGAGGUGCAUUACAACUCAAUAUUUCCUCACGACAUCCCUGCAUACGGGACCAGGAGGAAGAAGAAGUGGCGGAUGUUCCGAAACAAGAACUUGGAGCCAUCUGAUGAACUCCAAUAGACAUUCUGCACAUGACCCGACAUUAGUGCAAUUUUUUCACGCCUUCAGGAGGCAAAGAGAUCUCAUUCUCGCCAAUGCUAUGUUUUUGUAUUCCGCUAUAGUAUCCAAAGCUUUAAUGAAAUCUUCGAAUGAAAUAUUCGACUAGAUGCAGAGUUGUGGAACUUACCAUUGCGACCUGUUAGUGUUAUGUUGUGUAGUCUCUUCGCGCUCUCAUUUCUUAGGCCUUCUAAUCGUUGUUUUUGCAACAAUGUUUCCCCUUUAUGCUCUCCAUUUUACUGUGAAUGUCAAAUUUUCAGUUGUGCGUACUGUUGUCGGAAACCCUUGGCCAAGUGUUUGCUAUAAUACGUCGGUUCAGGUGGACGCACAUAGAGGUCAUGAAUGGUAGUUUUCAAAUAUCAUUACUGCCAAUUGUUCAUGAAUAGUAGUCAUUUUCACACAAAAUAAGAACUUCACAAGCACUUGAUCAUCGUGUUACAGAUGCUGAAAUCAGGAUCUCUAAAUUUAAAGUUCGAUAUCAGAACAGCUCAGCCAUAUUGGUUUUUUGUUGAGAUUUGAAAUGAAGGGUUGUAACUAAU